CAUUAAGCCAAGGGCUCUUGAGUGAAAAUAUGAAAACUCUUCCGUCUAUUGAAGGAUCCCAGUUUCACAGCAUGCAGUCUAUGAAAUUGACCUCAGAACUACAGUUUCAAGGUGUGAAGUCUCAGGAACUGAACCUAGGGCCAAGGCAGCAAGAUGUCAAAUUUUCUGAAUUGACCUCAGGGCCAAAACUUCAAGGUGUCAAAUUGGGGGAGCAAACCCCAGGAUCAGUGUUUAAUGGUGGAAAUUCUGUAGAGAUGACUCCAGAAUUAGCAUUUCAAGAUUCUAAAUUAGCAAAGACAUCUCCAGGGCUUCAAGAUAUAAAACAGGUGGGGCUUACCCCAGGGCCAUGGUUACAAGAUGUCAAAUUUUGUGAUCUGACAUCAGGAACUCAACCUCAAGGUGUGAAAUCUUCAGAGUUAAACUCAGGGCCACAACUACAAUAUGUGAAAUUUUUUGAGUUGACCCCAAACCCAAAGAUGCAGGGAGUAAGAUCUGUGGGGUUGUCCCCAGGACCUCAAAAGCAAGUGGUCAAGCCUGAUAGGCUAGUACCAGAGACACUGUUUCAAGGUGUAAAAAAUUUAGGGAUGGACCAAAUGUCCAACUUGGAAGGUAACAUUUCUUAUAGAAUUGUCUCCCAGCCAGAGAAACCAGAUGAAAAAUCUGUGGGGUUGACUCCUGAGUCACAGUUGCCAAGUGUAAACUAUUCUGAGUUGGCUAGAAGAACACAGUUACAAGGUAUAAAAUCUUCUGAAUUGAUCCAAGGGCCAGGUCUGGGGGGUAUGAAACCAAUGGAGCUGACCCCAGACUCAAAACUUCAAGGUGUAAAAUCUGAGUUGUUGACCUCGGAGCUGGAAGAUGGGAAAUCUGUGGUCUUAACUACAGGACAGGGUCUAAAAGGUAUGGAAUCUACUUUGCUAACCCCUAGUCCACAACUGGAAGCUGAGAAAUCUAUGGAGACAACCACAGUGCUGGAUAGAAUAUGCCCAACCUGUGAAAAGCACCCAAGAUACCAAGCUUCAAGGUACAACUUCUGACUUGAUUCUGCAUGCAAGAAUUCAAGACUCCAAAGCUGUGGAGUUGGUCCAAAGAACCCAACUGCAAGAUGUGCAAACUGUGGAACUGAAAUUUGAGCCCCAGAUGGAAGGUGAGAAAGCUGAGCCUUUUGCACCAGGGCCAUUGCUCCAAGGGUCUGAACUGCAAGGUGUGAAACCCAAGGAACUGACUUUAGAGCCACAAACCCAAGAUAGUAAACUUGUUGACAGUACCCCGUGUUUAAAGCAUCCAAGUUUACAAUCUGUAGAGGAAACUCCAGAUCCAAAGCCGCAAUGUGUAAAAUCUGUAAAGUUGACCCCAAGGCCAAACAAACAGGAAGUAAAAUCUGCGAAAGUGACCAGAAGAUCAAAGUUUCAAGGAGUAAAAACUGUGGAUUUAGCCCCAAGGCAACAGUUUCAAGAGACGGCACUCAUGAAUUUAACGUCUGGGCCAGAACAGGAUGGCACGCUAUCUGCAAUCUCACCAAAGCAGCAAUGUGUGAAUUCAGAGCAGUUGAAGAGAGGGGCUAAGUCGGACGAUGGGCUGUCUUUGGAGUUAACUCCAGAGCUAAAAUUUAAAGGUAAAAAAUUAGUAGACCUCAAUUUUGAGUUACAGUUUGAAAGUAUGAAAUCAGACUUGACUCCAGAAUCAAAUAUUCAAGGUUUAAAACCUAAAGAAUUCAAACCUGAACCACUUCAACCACAGUUGCAAAGCAUAAAGUCUCCUAAGUUGACCCCAGGGGCACCAC